GCCGCAGGCCGGGGCCGGGACGCAGCUGGGGAGUCAGGGACGCGCGCAGCCAGCCCUUCCCCCUCCGGCUCCCGCACCGCCGGCCGCCUCCCCUCGCCCUCCUCCUCUCCCCUCCCUGCUCCUUCGCUUCUCCUCCUCCUCCUCCUCUCCCAGCCCAGGCUGCCAGCACCAUGUCCGCAGGGGGAGAUUUUGGGAACCCACUGAGAAAAUUCAAGUUGGUGUUCUUGGGGGAGCAGAGUGUCGGGAAGACGUCUCUGAUCACGCGGUUCAUGUAUGAUAGCUUCGACAACACGUACCAGGCAACCAUUGGGAUCGACUUCUUGUCAAAAACCAUGUACUUGGAGGAUCGUACGGUGCGACUGCAGCUCUGGGACACAGCCGGCCAGGAGAGGUUCCGCAGCCUGAUCCCCAGCUACAUCCGGGACUCCACGGUGGCCGUGGUGGUGUACGACAUCACAAAUCUCAACUCCUUCCAACAGACCUCUAAGUGGAUCGAUGAUGUCAGAACAGAAAGAGGCAGCGACGUCAUCAUCAUGCUGGUGGGCAACAAGACGGACCUGGCCGACAAGAGGCAGAUAACCAUCGAGGAGGGGGAGCAGCGCGCCAAAGAACUGAGCGUCAUGUUCAUCGAGACCAGCGCGAAGACCGGCUACAACGUGAAGCAGCUCUUCCGACGCGUGGCCUCGGCGCUGCCUGGAAUGGAGAACGUCCAGGAGAAAAGCAAAGAAGGCAUGAUCGACAUCAAGCUGGACAAACCCCAGGAGCCUCCGGCCAGCGAGGGUGGCUGCUCCUGCUAAUGCAGCCUGACCGCAGGCUUCCUCUGACACUACUCGCUUGUUGUGUUGCUUCCUAUUGGUUAGCUUCCUAAGGGGGGUGGGAGAUGAGCUUAU